AUGGUCGCCGUCCCGUCCACAGAGGAUCAGGCCCUCCUGACGAGCAAGCUCAAAGACCUGAUCAAGGCUAUCGAGAGCGAGCCGGGCUUCACCCCGCCCACGCCGCACGCAGGUCUUCUGCACGUGUGGGAUUUCGUGCAAAGGAGCCACUACAUGAUGCUCAAUCUGGAAAACAUCCGCACCGGAGCCCCAAUUGAGCAUCCUCAGGCCAUCCCCAAGAAUGACAAUGCCAAGGACAAUGCGGAGAAGGCACAGAUCACAUUUACCGAUGUUAUCACUCGCAGCAUGACAAUUGAUAAACUGAUCAAUUCGCCUGCCAUGCUAAGCAUGAUGGGCGGGUCGCCAGCUACGUUCAGCCAGGAUACAAAGGACAAGAGCCAGGCGGUGUUGGACACGAUCAUGGAAUUACCGGACAACUAG